GCACAUUCUCCAUAUCGCGUCUGUGAUAACUUACCACAGGUCAGCUCGUAUUAUCCUAUGCAGCUAUGGUAGCCUAUCAAGUUGUAGCCUAGUUUAUGGACUGUUAAGAUAUUCGGCUGCAGGCUGGAUCUCUUUUAGGGUGUCAUAUUGUUAGUUGCUGAAAUCAAAAGUGAAAGUGACUUGGUGUACGGGCUAGAGUAUUUAUUUUCUUUCUGUUGGCUGGAUCAUACUUUGAAUUUGUUUUAAAAAAUCUUGAAUCUUGACUCCAUGACUCGAGAUGAUUGAAGUUCUCCUCCUCGGAUACUUGAUGGCGCACGUUUACGCUGAGGGGGGUGCAGACGUGGUGCUGUCCUGCUCCCUGGUGGAGGAGGGGGUGGGAGGUGUGUCUCUCUUCACCCGGACUCCAGCCACACUUGUCUUAAGAGACGUUGCAGUGCCUUCUGAUGAGUUAUCCGACACUCUCACUCCAUUCAUCCCGCCUACAACCCCUGACCCCGACCUCAUCCUCUUCGAAGCCAAAGCAUCAUCAACUGAGAUCCCCAACGGAGAGGUGCUGCUCCACGCUGACUGCGAUGAGAAGGAAGUGAUGUGUGAAAUAAGCCGUUACUUCCCUCAUGGCUCCCAGGACAGUAAAGAACCAGCCUAUUUUUUUGUCUCCUUGAGUAUUGAAGGAGACGGGCUGGGCGCCUCAUUGGUCUUGCAGACUUUGAUGGUUGAGAGCGACCAAACAAAGGGAGCACCUCUGAUACAGAACAAACUGGGCCUUCCUCUAAGCCAGUCGGGGUCCCUGCUGACAGAGGUGGUAUUCUUGGUGUUUUCCCAUGCAAAGGCCAUUUCUGCUCCUCUAAAAGGCGAUGUCCUGCUCAACUGUGGCUUCAGACAACAAGAAAUGCCCCCAACGCAGGAAGUGACUGUUGAGUGGCGGCUGCAACACAGAGGAACAGGACGUAAAGUGCUUGAUAUGAGGUCGAGGCCGACUGAUGCGGAGGAGCACUCAGUUGUGAAUGCCGAGAGGAAGGGUUCAAGUGUAGAUGCUGGCCUGCUGGUUGGUGAGGGUAAUGCCUCUAUGACUCUCACCAAGCUUAAGGUUUCGGAUGAGGGUACCUACAUCUGCACCGUCGGUGUCGGCCUUUUCCACGCCCAGCAGGUCAUACAACUCCAUAUCAUACAACCGCCCCGGGUUUCAUUGUCAGAGGAGAAGUUGGUUUAUAAGGCAGAGUCCCCCCAGACAUUGAGCUGCCUUUGUAGCCACUACUACCCGCUGGAUGUCCAGAUGGAGUGGUUGUCUCUCUUUCCUACAGACACAGAGCCUACAGUCCUCCCACAUCAGGGCUCUCUCUCCAGCCAUCGACAGCACGGUGAUGGGACUUUCUCCUUGUCAUCUCACCUCACGCUGCCCUCCAGCGUCUCUCCUGGAAGCACCAUCAUCUGCAGGGUGUCCCACCCCACCCUGGACACGGCUGUAUCCAUCAGCCUGGUGGUAGAAGAACCUGAAACAGAUUCCUACUGGUUGUUCCUGGGUUUCCUGGUCGUCACCGUGCUUUUCUUCUACCAAGUCAUGAGAUAGGAUAUUAAGAUAUUCUAGUAUAUCAUCCUGACUUGAAGCUGAGCCCAGAUAUGUUUGUGUGUGUGUGUGUGUGUGUGUGUGU